GAACAGGAACGGUCGUGUCAGCCAGCUGGUCAACCUGUUGGAGUAUCUGCAGUUGUUCCGUCCCCGUGAUGUCAUCCGGGUCUGGGUUUCCAAUUUGAGGCCUUCCUCUUCGUAUCCUUUUCCUCCACCUCCUCCUCCACCUCCUCCCUUGAUGCUCCCUCAGUUCGAGCCUCCUCCCAAACAGUCUAAGGCCCCGCCCACACAGCUCACCUGCAGCCUGUUAGAAGCAGGAGGAGGAGGAGGAGGAGGAGGAGGACCCCUCCCCGGACCUGCUCCACCUCCCCUACAUUUGCAUUCUGCCCUCUGCACACCGCCCGAGCGCCCCCUGGUGGCGUCAUGCAGCAGACUGAUGUUCUGGUCAUAUGAAGAGCUGCAUGAUGGGACGAGUGGGUUCUCCCCCUCCCUGCAGGUCGGGGAGGGGGGGUUUGGAGUCGUGUACAAAGCGACUCUGAGGAGCACCUGCUGCGCUGUGAAGAGAAUCAAACAGGACUUUAUGCGGGACUGGGAUCACCUGAAGAAGAGUUUUCAAACUGAGGUGGAGAAACUGACGAUAUUCAGACACCCAAACAUCGUGGAUCUGCUCGGCUUCAGCGAGGGACCGGAGUGUGUGUGUCUCAUCUACAGCUACAUGGAGAACAGAUCACUGGACGACCAGCUGCACAAUGAGAGUCGCUUCCUCUCCUGGUCGGAGAGAGUCAGUGUCGUUGAAGGAGCAUCAAAGGCUCUGAAGUUCCUCCACUGCCCCCCCGAAAAACACAUCACACUGAUCCACGGGGACGUCAAGAGCUCAAACAUCCUGUUGGACCGUCACAUGGUGGCAAAGUUGGCAGACUUCGGCCUGGCUCGCUUUGCGCAUCGUAGCCCGGCGGAGCGCUCGGCUGCUCAGACGGCGUCGAUCGGUAUGACGCAGACGGUUCGGGGCACGCUGGCGUACCUGCCCAACGAAUACGUGAGGAACGGACAGCUGGGGACCGCUGUGGACGUCUACAGCUUCGGAGUGGUGCUGUUGGAGGUCCUGACGGGUCGGCGAGCCAUGGAGCGAGGCAGGACGUCAGCAGAGACAUACCUGAAGGACCUGGUGGUGGAGGUGGAGGACAGUCCGGCUGGUUCUUGUGCAGCAGAGUGGAGGAAACAGCUGGACCACCGGCUGAUCUCAGGGGGUGCUGCAGAGCCUGUUGGCCACAUGGAGAUGGUGUUUCUGGCCUGCGAGUGUCUUGAUGAGAACAGGAAGAAGAGACCGAAAAUGGAGAAGGUGUUUGCCAAACUUCAGGACAUCCACAGCCGUGUGAGGGACAGCCGUGUGAGGCACAGCUGCUCCUCCGCCUCCCUACUUCAUCACCCUCAUCUUCAACCCCCCUCCCUCCCCAGACCCCCCCACUCUCUGGACUCCAGUGUGGAAGCUCUGUCCCAACAAAUGUCCAAAGUGGGACCGCUGGAGGACACGUACCAGCCUUCCAUGUCCUCCUCUUCCUCCUCCUCCUCCUCCUUCUGCUCUCUCACCCGCCCUGACCCGCUACACUCAUCCUCCUCCCUCCCCUCAUUCUCCUCCUCCUCCUCCCUCCCCUCCUCAUCCUCCUCCUCUUCCCUACCCCCCUGCUCCGCGUCCUUCAUCGGUCCCUGUGAGACCGAUGAGAGUCGAGGUUUUUCACAGUAUGACCUCCGCUCCCCGUGCAGAUCCAAUGGGACCAGUUCCAGAUCUCUGUCUCCAUCCACCAGAGACCAGAAUCUCCAUCCAACAAGGCCCUCAGAGUCCCAGUUCAAUCAGCCGUCCAUCCCCACCGAGAACCAGUACAACUCCCCCACCCGCCCCGGCUGCAGCAGGGACAGUUCAGGGGUUCUCACCGGGGGGGGCGCCACAGCAGAUCUGUAUGGAGUCCCAGGAAGCCUCUCUCCUGUGGGGUCCUUGCAGUCAUUGUCUCCGGGGCCCCCAGUGGUAAUCAACCCCAUUAAAGAGCGUUUCCUGCAGAAGAAGAGUCAGUACGACGAGGGAAGGAUCCGAACCCCCGAACUGCUGUCAGCCGACGACCUUUAUGAAGGGCGGAGUUCUGAGGAGGGGAGAGGACCAGAGGAGAGCGACGAGCUGGAUUACCUUCCAGUGGCUAAACACACCUGAGCCCAACACGCCUCUCAUGACGAGUUAGUGUUAGUUCAAACCACCAGCAGUCCAUAGAGCUCUAUGAGAGCAGAGUCUGACACGCAGGUACAAUGUGAAUCCUCUCCACACCUGCAGGAGGGAAUCAGGUGUUUCACCUCAGUUGUCUGAUUCUGAUAAUAAUGAAAAAGUAUUGGAUCAGAGUGUCACGCUCAGCCUCUCGUUUUAUUUAAACUCUUUCUUCAUGUUUUAACAUUUCACUGAACACACUGAGGAGACAUAAACGUUCUUCAUGAUGAUCUGUUUACAGCUUCUGUUGAGUACUUCCUUUAACUUUAAUCAUUAACACUGAGCUGUCAAUCUGAGGAGGAUCAGUUUAUCAGCAGCUUCCUGCCGUCGUCAUUUCACUCUUUCCUUUCACAGCAUGUGUCCCUCUCGUCCUGUUUAAGUCUUUUCUCUGUUAUUUAUAAUGGUGCAUAUCCCAUAAUAUCCUCCAUGGUUUGUAAUAAACAGCCAUGGUUCCUUGCUGCAGUGUCUCUGACCCUGAACGCACCAUGACACAAACAAGCUGACCCGAUGAUUCUGUUUUCUAUUUAUUAUCAUCUCAUCUCUAUCAUCUUAAAUACCAAAUAAUGGAUGAAGAGCUGUGAUAUCAAUCUGUGUCUGUACAAUCAAUAAUAAAUCAUUUCUAUACUGUA